AGAUAGAGAAGAAUGGAACAUAAUUCAACAAUAUAUCUAUUGCCUUCAACUUCAAAGCAUUUCACUAAAACAAAGAGAAGAAAAAAAACAUGGAUAUUAUACUCGCUACCAUCUUCUUCCUCAUAUCAUUGCCACCAUUAUUUCUCUUGCUGAUCUUCUUAUUCCUCGCCAUCAAAACCGUCGCCGGAAAAUCGAUCAACGAUCCCGAUUACCCGCCGGUGAAGGGCUCCGUUUUUAAUCAGCUUUUAUAUCUAAACUAUCUCUACGACUAUCAAGCGGAAGCAGCCAAAGAACAGCCAACUUACAGGCUACUGGCUUUAGAACAGAGUGAAAUAUACACCAUCGAUACACGAAACGUGGAGCAUGUAUUGAAAACUAGGUUUGAUAGAUACUGCAAAGGUAAACGGAAUCAAGAGAUAUUUUUGGAUUUUUUGGGAGAAGGGAUCUUCGCGGUGGACGGAGUUAAGUGGCGGAAGCAGCGGAAGCUUGCCAGUUUCGAGUUCUCGACUAGGAUUCUUAGAGAUUUUAGCUGCUUUGUCUUCAGAGGAGAUGCUGCUAAGCUUGUUGGGAAUAUUUACGAGUUGGCUGUGUCGGGCCAAGCUUUUGACAUGCAAAAGAUGUUAAUGAAAAGCACACUCGAGUCGAUGUUCAAAGUUGGGUUUGGGAUUGAUCUGAAAUGCAUGGAUGGGUCAAGUAAAGAAGGGAACACCUUUAUGAAGGCUUUCGAUGAUGCCAAUGAGAUGGUGUACUGGCGCUACGUUGACCCUUUUUGGAAGCUUAAAAGGUCUCUUAACAUUGGCUCCGAAGCUGCCCUCAAAAACAAUAUCCAAAUCAUUCACAAUUUCGUCCACAAUGUUAUUAGCACCAAGAGGAAACUACUCCCCAUGAACCCAGAAUUGAAUGUGAAAGAAGAUAUACUUUCAAGAUUUUUAGUGGAAAGCGAGAAGGAUCCAGAAACGAUGAAUGACAAAUACCUAAGGGAUAUAAUACUGAACUUCAUAAUAGCAGGAAAAGACACAUCUGCAAAUACUUUAAGCUGGUUCUUCUAUAUGCUGUGUAAGAACCCAUUGAUACAAGAGAAAAUUGCAGAAGAAGUGAGGGACAUCAGCAGUCGUGAAGUAGAAGAUGAAUAUGUCGAUGAUUUCGUGACCAACAUAACCGAGGCUACCCUUGACCAAAUGCAUUAUCUUCAAGCUGCAUUAACUGAGACCUUAAGGCUUUACCCUGCAGUUCCAAUUGAUGGAAGGUGUGCAAUGGAGGAUGAUAUUCUACCGGAUGGCCACAAAGUCAGGAAAGGUGAUGGAGUGUACUACAUGGCCUACGCCAUGGGAAGAAUGUCCACGCUUUGGGGAGAAGACGCUCACUGUUUUCGACCCGAAAGAUGGCUUCACAAUGGAGUUUUCCGGCCUGAAUCGCCUUUCAAAUUCGUAGCAUUUCAUGCUGGUCCUCGAAUUUGCUUAGGCAAAGAUUUUGCAUAUCGACAGAUGAAGAUAGUAUCAAUUGCGGUCCUUCGACAUUUCCGAUUAAAAUUAGUAGAUGAUGCGAAAGCAGUGAAUUACAGGACAAUGUUCACGCUUCAUAUGAAGGAGGGUCUUCAUCUUUACGCUGUUCCUAGGACUAUUAUGUAAAUGAAUUCUAAUAGGACCAAGGGUAUUCUAGUCCUUGUGUUUUACAACGAUAAUCGGUGAAUAAAGUAUAAUCAAGGUAGUUUAAAUGCAGGUUAAA